AUGCCUCCACCCGCUGAAAACAAAAGUGAAUUGCGUCGUAAAAAGAAAUCCUACUAUGCAGCAUUGAAGAAACAAGAAGACGACAAACUAGCUGAACUAGCUGAGAAGUACAGAGAUAGGGUCCGUGAAAGGAGAGAUGGUCUUAAUGACAUUGGACCAACAGAUCCAACUAGCAACACCAGUAGUGCAUACAGAGCUGUAGCACCAGAUCUAAAGUCAGGAAUGGAUGCCAAGGAAAGAAGAAGACAGUUAAUUCAGGAAUCAAAAUACCUUGGUGGUGAUAUGGAGCACACUCACUUGGUAAAGGGACUAGAUUAUGCUUUGUUGCAAAAGGUGCGUUCAGAAAUUCGAAAUCGCGAACAAGAACAGGAGGCUGAAGUGGAGAGAUUAGUUUCGGUGCCUGUUGUGGAAGCUGUUAAGAAAAAGAAAGGGGUGGCUGUUGACAAAACGACGGAAAAGGGUCGUAAUGACGACUCUAUUUAUGGUGAGAUCGGUGACUAUGUGGCGGGCGAACGACGUGCCGACCGACGCGACGAACGCCCGCUCACGGGCUACUUUGAUAAACCCCUCGAGACUGAAAAAGAUGAAGGUGCGGUGCGCGGGGAGCGCGGGGAGAGGGGCGAGCGAGCGGAGCGCGGCGCCGAGCGCGAGUCGCGGUCGGCGGCGCUGCUGUCGCGGCUGGCAGCCGAGCCCAAGGGCUACGCCGAGUGCUACCCCGGCCUGCGCGAGAUGGACGACGCCAUCGACGACUCCGACGACGAGGUUGACUACACCAAGAUGGACGCCGGCAACAAGAAGGGACCCAUCGGUCAGAACCGAUAG